GGGUUUAAGGUAAGGCCUUCUACUUACGUUACGGUGCAUUUGGAAUCCAAUCACAGCACUGGAAACUUCAUUUGCCUCCAGAUGUUACGCCUGGUUUUAACGGAUUAUAUGUUUUAACUGAAAGAUUUGAAAGAUGCCAUACUUCAUACUGUUUACAUACCGUAUAGUCGUCCUCUUCACAGUAUUACUUGUGAUGACAGGCAAGGUAAGGUCUACCAGUGCCGUAACAAACACCCCUGCACCCACAAAUGUGACCACUAAAUCGACCACGGUUACCAGUGGAACUACAAACUCUUCAAACCCCAACUCCGCAAACCUCACUGCACGCACAAAUGUGACUACUAAAUCGACAACGGUGACCAAUGGAAAUACAAACCCUUCAAAUCCAAACUCCACAAACACCACUGCAUCAACAAAUGUGACUACUAAAUCGACAACGGUGACCAGCGGAACUACAAACUCUUCAAAUCCAAACUCCACAAACACCACUGCAUCCACAAAUGUGGCCAAUACAUCGACAACGGUGACAAGUGGAACUACAAGCUCUUCAAACCCAAACUCCGCAAACGCCAUUGUAUCCUCAAAUGUGACGACUAAGUCGACAACGAUGACCAAUGGAAAUACAAACUCUUCAAAACCAAACUCCACAAACACCAUUGUAUCCUCAAAUGUGGCCAAUACAUCGACAACGGUGACCAGUGGAACUACAAGCUCUUCAAAACCAAACUCCACAAACACCACUGCAUCCUCAAAUGUGGCCAAUACAUCGACAACGGUGACAAGUGGAACUACAAGCUCUUCAAACCCAAACUCCGCAAACGCCAUUGUAUCCUCAAAUGUGACGACUAAGUCGACAACGAUGACCAAUGGAACUACAAACUCUUCAAACCCAAACUCCACAAACACCACUGUACCCUCAAAUGUGACGACUACAUCGACAACGGUGACCAAUGGAAAUACAAACUCUUCAAACCCAAACUCCACAAACACCACUGCACCCACAAAUGCGACUACUAAAUCGACAACGAUGACCAAUGGAACUACAAGCUCUUCAAACCCAAACUCCGCAAACGCCAUUGUAUCCUCAAAUGUGACGACUAAGUCGACAACGAUGACCAAUGGAACUACAAACUCUUCAAACCCAAACUCCACAAACACCACUGUACCCUCAAAUGUGACGACUACAUCGACAACGGUGACCAAUGGAACUACAAACUCUUCAAACCCAAACUCCACAAACACCACUGCACCCACAAAUGUGACAACUACAUCGACAACGGUGACCAAUGGAACUGCAAGCUCUUCAAACUCAAGCGCCACAAUUCCACUCACAGCGUCUUCAAAACCGAGUGGAUCUUCUAACCUGACAACCCCAUCAGCCACGACAAAGACUGAAAUGGCGCCCAUUACGUCGACAUCGUCCUUUACAGAGGUGCCUUACUUCGGAAAUUUGGUGAAUCAGACCAUUGCGAUCAUUACCAGUCUUGUGCUGAAUGCAAACUUUUCAAAGAUUGAAAACAACAGUACACGCAGGGAUGAUUUCUGUGCCAGUGUGAGAGAAGAGUUGACAGAACAUUAUAACAACAGUUUUGGAUUUCUGCGGGUGGAGAUCGACAAUCUGACCGAGGGCAGUAUCAGGGUACACUACAAGAACCUGUACCGUGCUACACAAGUGGUUCAGAACUUGACUGCUGCGAAAAAUGACUCCAGACGUUGUAGGGACUCACUUCAUGGCGCCACACUUAACGGAUACAACGUAACAGAGCUAGGAGAUGAGGAUAGCGACGAACAGUUUAAUCAAGGUGUGACGCGAUUGGCCACUUGUUGGAGAGGUUAUCAAUUUAAUAUUGGGGAAAGCUUGACAUGUAAGGCGAUCUGUACUUUGCCUAAGAAUGCUUGCGUACAUGGCACGUGUCAGACGACUGUGGAUUUCAAACCCACCUGCAGGUGCCCUGAGAACGACAGUUACGUGUACAGCGGCAGACAUUGUGAGACAAGACAAGUCCGAGUGGUCGCACCGCCUUGGAGAGUGAUAGCAAUAGCAUGCGCUGCCAGUGCUGGGGCUGUCCUCUUAAUACUGGUCAUAGUCACUUGUUGCCUUUGUAGGCGGCGAGCAACAAAGAAAACCAAGACUGACAAACUGGACUCCCCGAUGACAAGUUUUGCCCGACUGCCGAAUUUGACCGAACCCACAGAGGAAGACAAUGAGACUGAGCUUAGUUUGGCCGACAAUCAAGACCCGGACUAUAUUAGGCCGAAAUACGAGAAUUCCCCAACACCGUGGAUGAGACGGAUUGAAAGCCUUGACUUCAGUCGAAUGUCCGUACUACCCCGGCCUCAGCUAACUUUCAGACCUGUGGCACAAGGUGACAUGGAACGGAGGUACCUGCAGCUGACCUAUGGUACGCGGUUUGAUGGCAGACGUAAUACGUACGAAAGCUUACAGCAGGAUUAGCGAUGGCAUGAUUACUGUGGCCAAGUUGGCGUUAGCGGCACUGGGUUCACCGUGAGAAGACGUGGGGACAGGCCAAGACAGUGUACACACUUAGUCUGAAUAUUUUGUAUUUAGGUCUUACAUUUAGCAUAUAUUCAUGCAGCGAGAUUCCAUUUUGAGUGACAAAAACAGGUAAUUUUUGCAAGGCCUAUUUGCGAUACCCGCAGUCAUAUUCAGGAGUUUCAAAACAGGUUUCAUCAGAAUUGUUUCUGGCGUUGCGCUGUAAUAAUAAAUAGUGCAUUUUGUAGUAAAGAUAGCUGACAGUUUGGGUUGCAGUAUAUAUUUCAGUACAUGACCAAUUCCCUUUUUUCUAUAAAUUUACAGCCAGUGGCGUACGUAAGCAGUGCGCUUUAACACUGCUGUAAUUUACACCUUCGUCUUUUUUGGCAGCCAUAGAGCUGUAAAUGUACGAACACAAAUGUAAUACGUAAUAACAUGAGAUAGACGAAUAUGGGUCACUGAAUGUAUCAAUAAUACAAUUCUGCGGAUCGCAGGGCCUACUUUUUUGUACAGUAUUUUUUUUGUAGAUCUACCUGUGCUCCCUUUGUUUUCGUCAAGUAUUUAAGAUAUAUAUAUAUAUAUAUAUAUAUAUAUCGUAGAAUGCAGCCAAAUAUUAUGUAUAUAUGCGGACAAUUUAUAUAGAUAAUAUAUGAGACAAUAGCUUAAUGUCAUACAUGUACUUCACCUUGUUUUUUCCCCUUUGUCGAAGCAGUUAAGGUUUUCUGGUAAUUACACCCACUAUGUUAAUACAAGGGAGUUAACUUUUACCACCACAUUGUCCAAAAGUGGGUUAUCUUCCUGUUAAUUGGUGAAACGAAUAAUGCAUUAAUGACUAGUUGAGCCGUUCUUUGGAAAAUGAUAAAUGCAGGAGCUCCAAUCCAGUCUGUACACUUAACGCAGCUGUAUAGGUAUGUGCCAUAUACCAGGCUCUUACACAUAUAUAAUAAGUAAAGACAUGAAACGUACUUCAUCUUGAACCAUGGGCAUAAUGUCUCCAAAAUUCAUGAAGUAAAGCUGCCGACUUUUCCGAACGUUUCCAUACAGAGGACGAUUCUCCGCAAGACCGUCGUACGCGUCUUUACUUACCAUGACAAGUCACAGAUCAAGUUUUAUGUUUCUGUCAAUUUCGUCAAUGUUUGACAAAAUGAUGUCAGUUUGAUCUUCUUAAUGCACUUUGACAGUUUUCCAGACAUAUUGUUUCCCAAACGGUUUGUUAUUCUGAUGGUGUAUAUUGUUACUGAUGUCAAACCUCCCCAUAUGGGAGGCUUUUGCUUUUAUUCAUCUGUGGCCAUCUGACUUUAGUCUCUGGAAACCUAUAUGGCAUCACACACUACUGUGGUGUACACUGUGGAUGCAGAGGUGUACACUGUGGAUAUUGUGGAUACACACUGUUGAUACAGGGGUGUACACUGUGGAUACUGUGGUGUACACUGUGGAUGCAGAGGUGUACACUGUGGAUACUGUGGAUACACACUGUUGAUACAGAGGUGUACACUGUGGAUACUGUGGUGUACACUGUGGAUACAGAGGUGUACAGUGGAUACUGUGGAUACAUACUGUUGACACAGAGGUGUACACUGUGGAUACUGUGGUGUACACUGGGGAUACAGAGGUGUACACUGUGGAUACAGAGGUGUACACUAUGGAUACUGUGGUGUACACUGUGGAUGCAGAGGUGUACACUGUGAAUAUUGUGGAUACACACUGUUGAUACAGAGGUGUACACUGUGGAUAUUUUGGAUACACACUGUUGAUACAGAGGUGUACACUGUCAAUACUGAGGUGUACAUGGACUGCAAUUCAUUAGUCAUUCUCAGCCCAUUCGACCGGGCCAGCUGAAAUAAUGAUGGAAUGUGGCGAGUACAAAGUUGCUUAAAGUACACAUAACACUGAAAGUGAUUUCAUGUGAUGGACCUUUCACUUGAGAUGAGCUGUAUCUUGCAUUUUAUUUUAUUUUAUUUUUUAUUUGGAUUACACGGUUGAACUAUGCCCUUCGCUUUAUUGUCAUGGCAACUCACCAUCUGAGUGCAUGGGAAAACGUUACAUUCACUAUGAGUCAGCCUUAAUUCAUGUUUCUUUUCUGACAUUUAACUUCCGCUUUGGGCAGGAAGGCGGUUUUAAUAAAGACGCAUUACAUGUUCUUGUGUCAUCUACCCGUUUCUACAAAUGGAAAAACUUCAUGGCAAAUGCCUGAUCAGAAAUUUUUUCGUUACAAAUAAAGAGUGUAUUUAAACCGCCACACCAAGUCCACUGGAUA